ACAUGACUUUUGUGAAAACGCUGAUUGCAGGCUGGUUUAUGCUGCGUGCGCAUCGUAAAUACAGCUCGCCAUAAAAGCGCAAAAGCUAUGUAGCUCAGAUUCGUGUUGUGCACAGAUACUAGUCCUUAAGCAAUCGCGAUGCCCUUCGAUGUUCCACAUUUUACACAGCCGGCUGUACGGUUCCCCAUCCGCAUACGUCCGGCCCUUGUACCGACAGCAGAAGGAUUUACGGCUACGUUCUUUCGGCAGUACGCAUCACUGAAGUCGCGAUCUGCCUUGAUUGCUGCAUCAUUGGCAAUUGCCGAAAACGCCGCAGCUUCCGUCAUUCGAAGAUGCAGAGGAGCAGCACGGGCUGCUCUGUCCGGAUUAAGCCCUCGACUGGAGAACUCGGACACGAGCGCCGGCGGCGGAGGCGCCGUCGCAAAGCAGCGCCGUUCACGCCCGCUCGAGGACAGGUCUCCCGGUGCGGUCCCCCACAAACGCAGGAAGACUGCGGAAGAGGGAUGGCAAGGACAUGAACUGACGGAAAACUUGGGAGCCACGGCGUCGGCUGCACUUCGCAUGGCCGCUCAACCCUGGGAACUCGUGGCAAUGAUAAGUCAUCUGCUGUCGCUGUCGACUCGCCGAGCUUUCAGUUCACUACACGCAGCGUUUGACCAGUUGAUCUCGUUUUGCAAUCCUGGCCAAGGCGUCGACGUCGCCGAUGAGCAGUCGCUGGUCACGCAGUGUUCUCGAGUGUUGACGAAAGUGCGCACCGCUUUAGAGCUCCAGAUGUCUUACGAGACGAGCGCCUUCGUGUGCAUUGGGGCCGCGCUCCUCAAUUACCUGAAGGCCAUCCUCUUUGUGCACGGCAUCUUUUCCGUAUCUGCGCAGACACCGGAAGAACUGCGCGACGUGGCGAUGGAGCACGCCUCGCUGAGUUCCUGGGUUUCUACGACAGAACCGUCAAGUCUGUUGCUUGGCAUCUUCAACAACUUCACCACUUUGUACCGUGCUUGGUCAAUCAGGAGGGUACGUCGUCAUGUGACUUAUUUGCCAACCUUAACGCAGACACUGCUCUCCGCUUCCAACCUGCCAUCUUCGUCGUCGGACGACGACAUUGAGAUUGACGUUUCAAACCCUAACAGCGACUCCUUGACAGACGACUAGCCUUUACUUGACUGUUCUCCUGCACAACUUUUGCAGCAGUUAUCUCGUUAAUAAACCUUCUUCUCAUUUUCGGA